AUGAUCAAUCAUCUACUAUUAGUCUCCUGCUGUCAUAGAAGAAUCAGAACCAUAGGAGCAAUCACGCUAAUUCUCAUCACGACAAAUAUUGGUCCGAUUCCGUCAAUCUUAUUUUUUGUGGAAGCUUCGAGCAAUGGUUUUCCUGGAACUCUUGAAGGAUCUCCGACAUCAGCAUUGUCCGACAACUGGUGGUUGUCCUCGCCGACUGCUGCUGCUUCCUUUGAAUCCUCGUCGUCGUCCGAAUGGGAGUGGGAGGCUGAUGAUAGCAUCGAUGCUAUCUUGAGCAGCAGUGAUACGGGUGAGUCUAUGAAUAAUAAUGAAAAUGAGAUGGUUGUUCAAGAAGUUUUGAAUAAUGACAAUAACAAUCAAAACAACAACAACAACAAGACGCAAUCAUCCAUAAACAGCAGCAGCAGCAACAAUAACAUCCAGGAAGACGAUCAGACAGAACCAAUACCGUCAGAGUCAUCCACCAAUGCUCAAGAUGCAGAAAGCAAGAACAAGCCCCUUCAAACUUUGGAAAAACUUCAGCAAAUGCUAGAUGAAACGGACUACAUGACCACUGGACGCAAUUCGAAUACCAACAACAACAACAACAACAACAACAACGCAGCAACAUUGGGUGGCGGCGAACGACAAGAACUCUGGACGAGUAAGGAUCGAUCCAAAUACAAAAAGCAGCAAAAGAAAAAUAGUGCACAACAGCAAAAUAAGCAGCAGCAACAACAACGGAUAUUGGAAAUGGUACAAGAAGAAAUUGAAGAACAACAACAGAAUAGAGUUCCUCCGCCAUCAUCCGCAAAUCCGACACAAGCAUGGAACCAACAACAGCAGCAGCACCACCAACAACAACAACACGAUUGGUAUCAACCGCCACCUCACCAAUAUUAUCAACCGCAUUUCAAUCCAGGGAAUCCAAAUAGUGGUGACAUGAUUCAACAAGCAAUUUCGUUGGAAGCAGACACGACAGAGCAUUCGGAUACGGAUGGUGAUGGAUUGGGCUAUACCUUACCAAAUCUACCCAUUUAUUUAAGUGACAAUGAAGAUGAGGACACUGAUGACAGUGAUGCUUCUACUACCAUAACCUUGACAACUGCUACCGAUGAUUCGACGACCACCGGCGCACAGAAUCCAGGAAUUAUUGGCAAUGAUACUAUUGGUGGCAAUUCUUACUCCGCCGUUCCACCAAACACAAACAUCGUCACCAACUAUGUGCCACCGCAGCAGCAGCAGCAGCAGCAGCAGCAGCAGAUGUCCACAAUAAGUAGUCCUUACCAUGCUUCAUCAUUGCAACAACGGCAACAGCAGAUACAACAACAGUUUCAAAAUCAGCAACAGCAACAACAGCAGCAGCAAUGGUAUGGAUAUCCCUACGCGCCACCGCCACCACCGCCAACAGGCUACGUUGUUCCUGGCCAGCAGCAGCCAUAUUAUCCCUGGGGACCUCCACCUCCACCGCAAGCAUUUUACUAUCCACGACCCUUUGUUCCUCGAGUGGACAGCACCAUGCGACGUGGACCAGUGCAACAACAGCAACAACAACAGCAACAACGACAGCAGCAACAGCAACAGCAACAGCAAAUGCCACAGGACAUUCAACAACAACAACAACAACAACGCCGACAGCAACAACAGCAGCAGCAGCAGCAGCAGCAGCAAGCGCACUUGUACUACCAACACGCUCAUGAUCAGGGGCAGAACUCAAUAAUCGACACAUCGACACAGAGGAGUGACGAAUCACAAUCUCAAGCCAUGCAAUUUACAGUCAUGGAUCCAAGAAGUUCGCCUAGCUCGAAACGACGUGGUUCUGGUGUAUGGAAUCUGAUGCAAAUAGCAUCUUGUAUUUCUUGGGCCAUGUUCAUGGCCUACAGUGCCGUUUCACCGGGACACAAUUUGAGCAUGUACGAGUUCAAUCAACGGUACUACGAGGUUCUUCGGCUGGUGGCAUGGACAGGUCUACCACCACUGGCAACCUUUUGGUUUGGAAUGGUGGAUGUCCUCGAUGAACGAUCAAUUGAUGGUAUUUCCAAAAAACGAAGCAGCCAAAUUACACUUGACAAUUAUGAUGAAAAUGAAAAUGAUGAAAAUGAUACUGAAACAGACAGGCCGAUUCGACGACGAAACCCGCACAAGACUACCAUGUCCAAGCUAGUGUCCGCCUUUUUCAACUCUUUCACAUGGGGAUACUGUCUCCUGUUUGCUUUGCAGGUUGUGGCAACGACGUUUGCUCGAUUGGCAAUCUUCUUUCGGUGGGAACGAUCAGUCUUUGAUCUUUCGCCCAAGAUCCCAGUGCUGGUCAUUCCAUGGGUCCUGCGUGAAAAUGGAUACAAGCCCAAACGCAUCACAUUGAUUGUCCAAGAUUUUGUUUCAUCAUGCUUAUUGGGCCCAAUCAUUGAGGAAUACUUGAAAGUCCUUUUACUGCGAAUGACAAAGUUGCCCAAGAAUUUUCAGUGGAAAAAGGCAACCAAAAGUCAAAAGAAGAAACACGGCACGAAGCACAUUGCGGAGUUGAUUGAAAAUCCAAAAGGCGAAGUGACGAAUGUCAAUGCCUACAUCUCCAACAUGCUUGCAGUGACACUUGGAAUCAAGCUCGCGGAUUCGAUUCGGAGAGUUUGCAUGUACACCAAGCCCCAGAAUGCCGCCAAGACCUUUUACGCCAUCUUUCGAGGAGUAUUUCCAGUUCGGGAGCUUUGUGGGACUAUUACCGCAUUGGGAUUGGCGAGAAGGGAUGUCUUGGGCCAGCAUGUACCGCUAUGGAAGAUUCUUUUACCUGCAACCGUGAUUCAUGGAAUGGCCAACUUUCGAGGAAUGAAGCCCGUCUUCAAAUGGAAUUCCGCAACCCCAUGGGUGGAAAUGCAAUUGUCUCCUCCUACAGUAGACUUGUCUAGUAUGAAACGGCUCGAAUUGUUCAAUUUGGUUUUCCCGAAAGUGCUUUGGCUUAUCAUUCUGAUCAGGGUAACGGGAUACUGUGUCAAAAACUAUUUCAUGGUGAAUCGCCAAGCGGUCAAGCGGACAACUACCUACGCUGGGAAGCACUCGGCAUUCUCAGCAGAAUUGGCGGCAACAGAAAUGUUGAAGGCAUCGAGCAAGAAGGGGGACUAA